AUGGCGGCGGCCGUGCGGGUGUACUGUGCCCUCCGCGUCACAUUCCGAGGACCAAUCAGCAGCUUCGUGUCCCAGCUGCCGGGUCGAGCCUCGGCCGUGGCUCUCCAGCGACACGCCGCUCUGCCCCCGGCGACGGCGUGGCAGCAAACCAGACAUGGCAGCUUCUUCAACAAGUUGACGGCGGAGGAGCUGUGGAGAGGCGUCCUGGCAGAGACCGGCGCCGGAGCCAGGAAGGGCCGCGGGAAAAGAACCAAGCGCAAGAUGAAGAAGGACCUGAACCGAGGACAGAUGCUCGGAGAAGGCCGAGGAGGUUUCCUGUGGCCGGGUCUGAACGCUCCGGUGGUGAAGGACGGCGUUCUGCAGAACAUGAGUCGACGAGGCGAGGCGGAGCAGCAGGAGCUGCAGGCCGAUCUAGUGCGUCAGAGGGAGGAGUGGGACAAGAAGAGGAAGAUGAAGGUGAAGAGGGAGAGAGGAUGGACGGGGAACUCGUGGGGCGGCAUCAGCCUGGGCCCCCCCGACCCCGGACCCAACGGAGAAACCUACGAGGACUUUGACUCGCGUGUCAUCGAGGUGAAGACUGUGUUCAACAUGACGGCCAAGGAGGGCAGGAAGAGGUCCAUCAGCUGUCUGGUCGCCGUGGGAAACGGCAACGGAGCCGCAGGCUUCGCGCUGGGUAAAGCAGCAGAUAGAAACACAGCUCUGAGGAAGGCCAAGAACCGGGCGAUCCACUACCUGUACUACAUCGAUCGCUUCAACGACCACACCAUUUAUCACAACAUUGAGUCCAAGUACAAGAGGACGACGCUUCGCAUGAAGAAACAAAACCAAGGUUAUGGUCUUCACUGCCACCGGGCUGUCAUCACUCUGUGCAAGCUGAUGGGGAUCCAGGACAUGUACUGCAAAGUGGACGGAUCCAUCAACUACCUGAACAUCACCAGGGCGCUCUUCACCGGAUUAGCCAAUCAGGAAACACACCAAACUCUGGCCAACAAGAAGGAGCUCCACGUGGUGGAGUUCCAGUCGCAGCGAGGUCCUCUCCCCGUGGUGGUGGCGAGUCCUAAAGCCGGCGCUCGGUCGGAUCCGGAUCCCGAGGACGAGAUCCCCAACACCCGGCUGAACUGGGACGACGUGAAAGCUGCUCAGGGAUCCAAGCGCUCGAUCUGGGCGGGAGUGAAACGCACCAUCUGGUAGAGCGGCUGAGGAGGAAGCUGGUGGAAGCUCUGAAGUCAGCUUGGAAAGAACUUUUCUUUCAAGGAUUAAAGUUACACGUUUCUCAAAAUGGAGACAUCAAGUUUGACAUCAUUCGGCAGCUGCAGCUCACACAGACCAAGACCCAGUGAGAUCUUUCUGUGCUGGAGAUCCAUCCUUCCUUUCUGACUGAAUACAUGUGGAAUUGUCCUGAUAUAAAUAAAUCAUAAACCUGUUGUUGAAGCAUUUAAAGAUUUAUCUGUGAAAUCAUAAACUGUGCCAGAGUCUUUCCCCUCUGUCCUGACAGGGAAUCUCUCCAACUCUCUAAAUAAUCCUGAUUAUUUAUUAAUCUUAAUGGAAGGGAGAAGAAAACCUGAACUCAGGACGUUUCAUUCAGACGCAUAAAUGUCAAUCUGAUGGUUUAUUUUUACACAGAAAAGUCAGGAUCACUAAUGUCUGCUUCAGAUUCUGAGCCAAGACGUUGGUGAAUGUUACUGGACGAGUAGAAACCUGCUCGACCUGCAGAUGGUGCUAGAGAUCAGAGAUGAUGCCGCUCCACCUCAGAUCUGUUUCCAGGACUCUUAUCCUGCUUCUCUCUUUCAAUAUAUGAAGGAGAAACGUCAAUAUUAACUCAGAGUGUCUGUGAGACUGGAUCCACACAUCUCACGUGAGUGUAGGAGCAGGAACCUGCAGCAGCGUAAAAACAAAAGCAUGUGAAAUGGAAACAUCAAAUGAAUUAGAUGAAAAGUUCCUGGACAAAGUGGAGCAAAGAAGCAAGGACACAGCAGCUGUUACGUCUUUAUCUCGCUUUAAUCUGGAGAAUACUAAACUUUAUUAAAAUCACAAAUCUUGAAGAAAUUCUUGAUGUUCUUA